GGAAUGGAAGGUGCCAAGACUUAAACUGCAUCCUGUAAGCUCUUUGCCCCUAAUUCUAGAUGGUAUGUGGCUUUUGAUCACUCAGCAAGAGGAAUUAUCACGUGGCAUAUUCUGAAGUGGCAUCAUUGCACUGAAAACAGCUUCUGGGGCUGAAGGCAUAACCUGUCCAGGUGUGGAAUGUAUUGCCGUUGCCAGUCUCCGAGAAGCAAGCGGGAUGGACCAGCCGACUGGAGACAAGGGUUCGCCUUCCCAGACUGGGCCUACAAGCCGGAGUCAAGCCCCGGCUCGCGUCAGAUCCAGCUGUGGCAUUUUAUCCUGGAACUGCUGCGCAAAGAGGAAUACCAUGAUGUCAUCGCCUGGCAGGGAGACUACGGGGAGUUUGUCAUCAAGGAUCCGGACGAGGUGGCCCGCCUCUGGGGGGUGAGGAAGUGCAAGCCUCAAAUGAACUACGACAAGCUGAGCAGAGCCUUGAGGUACUACUACAACAAGCGGAUCCUGCACAAGACCAAAGGAAAACGUUUCACUUACAAGUUCAACUUUAACAAGCUGGUGCUGGUCAACUAUCCUUUCAUUGACAUGGGCAUGGCAGGCGGGGCAGUGCCUCAGAGCGCUCCACCAGUGCCCUCGGGCGGCUCGCACUUCCGCUUCCCUCCCUCGACGCCAUCCGACGUCCUGUCCCCCGCGGAGGAUCUCCGCUCGCCCAGCGUCUUCUCCGCCGUGGCUCGCCGCUUGGCUCGCGGCUCAGUCAGCGACUGCAGCGAUGGCACCUCGGCGAACUCGGAAGUGGAGGAGUCCCUGGCGGAGGAGCAGAGGCGUGGCGGAGGGGAGGCGGUCGGCUUCCGAGGCCCCUCCCGCUACCUUCAGGCCCACACCCAGAGCGUGUAUAACUACCACCUCAGCCCCAGAGCCUUCCUGCACUAUCCCAACAUUGUCAUUCCUCAGCCCCAGCGCCUCGAGAAGCCCCCUCUCCCGCCACCGCUCCCCCAGGCCGAGGAGCCCCCGACCCCCUUCAAAUUCAAGCUGCAGCCGCCCCCGUUGGGGCGCCGCAACCGCGACAAGCAGCAGCCCCCCGCGGCGCCCGCCGGAGAGUCCAGCAGCGCCCUCUCCAUGCCUUCUCCGUCUUCCUCGGCCUCCGCCCCGGAGCCAGCGCCGCCGCCUCCGCUUCCCCAGAUCAAGGUGGAGCCCAUCUCGGAGGGGGAGUCGGAGGAAGAUCUCACCGUGGAGGUGACAGACAUCAGCGAAGAUGACGAGGAGGUCUUCAAGAUGCCCCUGGCUCCUUUGGAGAAGACCGAAGAGGAGGAAGCUCAGGCAGUGGUGGCGCCCCCGGUCUCUCGGGCCGGCGAGGGUGGCAAGUGCAUCCCGCUCAAGCUACGCUUCAAGCGGCGUUGGAGCGAGGACCAGCGUCUGGAAGCCGGCGCGGGGGCCGAGGAGACCGACGACAAGAAGGUGAAGGGGGAAGAAGACCCCAGCGGUUACGGGGAAGCGGUAGGGGGACGCCGGAUCAGCACAGAGCUCCAGCGGGCCACGGCGGAAUUGACCCUUGAGAAUCGGGACUCUUAGAGCUGGGGGGGGGGCGCAGCUCCCCUGCCUCCGUCUCCCUUCCUGGGACAGAUGGACAGAUGGAUGGGGCAGAGGGGGGGGUGCUGGUUUUGCUGCCUUAACUCAGAGAUGAUCUUUUGGAUCUUUUCAUCUAUUUUCCUUUCUUUCUCUUCCCCAUUUAUCUUGGAAAUCCUGUAAAUUUUAUUCUCUCCUUUCUGGAUGCCAGGAAAAAAAAAAUGUAGGGGGCGGGGGAAGAUAUUGAACAGUUUUUACUUGUCUAUAUACAUAUAUAAAUAUAAAUAUGAAUAUAUAUAUAAACUCUUUGCAAGGGUGGGGGAUUUCUAAAAAUUAAUAUGCCAGUGUAACUUUUAAGUUUACCCCCUUCUUCAAAAUCCUUUUAAGGUGUACAGUCCAGCGCCUUUUUUAAAAAAUGAAAAACAUAGGAGGAAUGAAAUAUCCUCCUGUUUUGCCUUUA